UAAACACCUUAUUGGCUGACAGAGUUCAUCAUCAUCACUUACAAACAAAAAAGAACACAAAGAUCGACAUGGCUUCCAAGUCACUCUUUCUUGUUGCCUUACUUGUCGGCUCUUUUGCUUUCACUUCAUUUGCUAGUGUCGCCAACAGGAAGCUUAAGAAUGGUCUCGAGGAUCAAAAGACAUUCUUCCAUCAUCGAGGUGGCCUCGGUGGAGGCGGUGGUCUUGGUGGAGGCGGUGGCCUUGGUGGAGGAGGCGGUCUUGGUGGAGGCGGAGGCCUUGGAGGAGGAGCUGGAAGCGGUUUAGGAGGAGGAGCUGGGGGCGGAGGAGGUUUAGGAGGGGGUGGUGGUUUAGGAGGAGGAGCCGGUGGUGGAGCUGGAGGAGGAUUCGGUGGAGGAGCUGGAGGUGGUGCUGGAGGCGGUGGUGGUCUUGGAGGAGGCGGUGGUUCCGGAGGAGGAUUUGGAGGUGGUGCGGGUGGCGGUGCGGGUGGCGGUGCAGGUGGAGGGUUUGGAGGUGGAGCUGGCGGUGGAGGCGGACUAGGAGGAGGAGUCGGAGGUGGAGCUGGCGGUGGUGGUGGAUUUGGAGGAGGAGCAGGAGGAGGUAUUGGUGGUGGAUUCGGUGGUGGAGCCGGUGCUGGAGGUGGUUUCGGCGGUGGACAUCAUUGAUGAGAGCUAUAAUAUAUCGACGUAAAAGCAUCUGGAACGCAAUGCAUGGUUAUGGUUUUACUUUUAACAACGUAAUAUGAAAAAGAAGAAAACAGUACUAUAUAUUAUUCAUCUAAAGUUAUUCGUUCCAUGAUUUUGUGUUAUUAUCGGGUUCUGAUCAGAAAUAAAUGAAUUAGUUACAAAAUAA